AUGAAUUAUCGAAUUUUAUUAAACUUAUUAUAAAUCGUUUUAUUAUCACAUUUUAUUAAAGGCGCAGACCUUUUUUGCAAAAAUUUAUCUCCUAAUGAUGGCUCCUGUAUCUAAUGUAAUCAAAAUUUCACACUAAAUCAAUCCAAUGGGUUAUGUAUUUCCGAUUGUGAUUAGAAUUUAUACUUAGAAAGUGAUUCCUAAUAAUGUGUACCAUCUUGCAAAUAAAAUGAAUUUGGCUAUCCUGAUCAAGGCGUUUGUUAGCAAAUACAGUAAUGCCCUAUUCUUGUUGAUUUAGGCUAAGAUUUCCAUUCUGGAUUAGCUUCAUAAAUAAUAGUAGAUGACACAAAUUAAAUCAUUAUUAGUAUUAGUAAUACAGACACAAAUAUCAAGUUGUGGAAUUCAGUAAAUGGAAUUCUUAAAACCACUUUUUCUGGUCACACCUAGCCUGUUUUGAAGAUCUAUCUACUUCAAGAUUCUAAUCAGCUUCUAUCUUUUUCCUCAAAUGGUGAAAUAUUUUAUUGGAAUUAUUCUACUGGAGUUUUGAAUAAGUAAUAAAUUGUAAAUUUUGGAUAGCUAACAAAUCUGAGUUGUGUUAAUAUGGUGUAUGACUUGAUAACUUUGUAUGGAUACUAAGGAGAGUUUUAUAUCUACAAUAUGUAAAAUAAAACAUAUAAAAAGUAUGUAGGACAUACAAAUAUUGUUUUAAAUUCAAUAAUAAUUAGCCCAUCUAGUUUUAUCACAUAUUCUUUAGAUAAAUCAAUCAUAUUAUGGAGCGAAUCUACUUCUACUUACAGUUUUUAAAUAACAUGUCUACAUGAUUCUACACCAGCUGGUUUUACUCUACUAAAUUUUAGCUCAAGUUCCGGGUAACAAAGUUAUCUUUUUUCAUUUGGAAGCUCAGGUAGUGAUUCACUAAAUCUGUCUAUUUCGAAUUUGCAAUCUAUCUCUACUUAGUGCAAAUUAUAAUUUUAAGGCGAUUUUACCUAGCCAAUAUUAAACGUUUUAGGAGACUCAAGCUCCUAAUCAGUGAUAGUUUAUUCUUCUGCAGAAGUUUUAAUUUAUGGAUUUAAUUCUGAUACAAACAACUUCAUUUAAUUACAAAAAAUAAGCGAAUAGUUUUUUAAUUAAAUGUUAUUUUCCCCACUAUAAGGCAUAUAUAUUAAAAAUAAUAGUAUUGUUUUAUAUACUUAAUUUGGAAAGUUUUCUAUGUCUAGCUAUGUUAAUAACCAGAGUACUAUUUAGUCUUAACAAAUAAUUUAGACUUAAAAUUUUACUCCUAUUUAAAUUAAUAUGCAAAAUAUAUAAGGAGCUAUAAUUGAUGAGUAAAGUAAUCAGAUUUACAUCUUUGGAUCUUCAAUUCAGUAAAUUAAUUUAAAAAGCCAAGGUGUUAGCUACAUAAUAACCAAUUUACCUAUUCCAUUUAUUCGCUAAACUUAGUCUGUACCUAUGACGGUCUAUGAAUACUCUCAGAAUAUCUUUGCUAGCACAUCGUCAGAUGGUAUGUCAUUAAGCUAUGAUUUGUUAACUGGCUAAGUUUUAUCCAUAUUUUGGCAUCCUGAUUAUAAACUAAGCAUAAAAUAACCAUAAGGGAUAACUUUAUGCUUAUCAAAAGGUUUAUUUGUAUGUGUUGCAUAUAAUGAUUAAUCUAUUGUUUGCUAUCAUGCUAUUAAUAUGAUUGUUUACUUUAAAUAAAUUUUUUAUGAAAAAAUAUUAACUUUAUACAGUGAUGAUAUUAAUGGAUUUGUUUUAAUUAACAGUUUAAAUUACUUAUAAAUAAUAGACCCUUUAAAUUCUAAGAUUAUUAAUACUAUUAAUAAUCCAGGAUAGUUUUAUUAUCUUGCCUUAUACUCUAAUUUAAAUUUACCUACUGUGUCAGAGAAUGGAUAUAUUAUUAGAUAUAAUUAUCCUGAAUUAACAAUAAAAGUAUAAACUGAUACUUCUAGUAUUAAUAAAAACUAAGAUAAGAUUGUAGGAUUUGCUUUUGGAGCAAGCCAAGAUGGUUACUCAAUAUUUUAUUUCCGAAAUGGAUUAGCUAUAUUAUACGAUGAAUAACUAAAUGUAAUACAAAUUUCUAACGAUAAUGUUCAAAUUAACAAGUGUGGUAUAAUAUAGGAAGGAAAUAUUUACUUAUAUUACAGUUGCUUGAACUAAGAUGGAAGUAUAACUACUCAUGGAAUUGCUUAGCCUUUUUAUUCUAAAAUUUAAGCUAUCUAAUUUCCUAUUACAAUAUCGAAUAUUAUUCCUUAAUAUAAUAAAGUCAUAUUAACUAUUGAUGUAGGUUCAUAUGGAGGAAUAUUAAUAAUUGCAGAUUCUCUAACAUAGUUAGCUUAAUAUUAAUUUGAUUCUAGAUCUGCAAUUACUGCAUUCGAUACUGAUUCAAAAAAUUAAAGGAUAUUUAUCUCAAAUACAGUAGGAGAUAUCAUGCUUAGCCACUUUACUCCAGACACUUACUAUUACAUAUAAAGAAACGAAAACUCUGUGUUAUAGAAGCUACUAUUAAUAAAUUCUCAAUAAAAGCUUGUUUCAUUGUCAAAUAUAAUUACUAUUUAUGAUUACUUCAGCUACACAAUAUACAAGUAAAAUACCAGAGUUCAUAAGAAGAGUAUCGUUGAUGCACUAAUUAUAGAGGACAUUCAAUUAAUUAUUUCUUAUAAUUAUGAUAUUUCAAAUAAUCUCUAGGCAUGGAAUUACAAUACAGAUUAAAGUCAAUCACUUGUUGGACAUUCAAAGGGAGUAAAUGGUGUGUAAUUUAUGUAAUAAUAAAAUAUUAUUUUAUCUUAUGAUAAAGCAGGAUAAAUUAUUAUAUGGAGCUACAAUCCAGAUUUAUCGAAAAUUAAGAUUGUACAAAACCUUUCUUAGAACUAAAAUAAUGAAAUCAUUAAUUUAUUUUUGUUUACAAAAUAUACUAACAUCUUUAUUUCAUUAGAUAUUGUUGGAAAUGUUUUUAUGACCAACUUUUUAAAUGGAAGUAUUGUGAAAGCUUUCAAAGUUUAGAAUAUGAAUGCCAUGAUUAUCGAUGAAUUAUAUGAUAGAAUAUUUUUAUAUGGAAGCAGCAUUGAAGUUUAUAGUGCAAUAACAGGGGUUAAGGUGUAAGAAAUAAUCGGUUUUGAUAAUUAAGUUUAACAAGUAAUAUUUAAGAACAAUUAUAUAAUAGCAUAUGGAACUGUAAAUAUUUAAUCAAUUUCUCGUGAUACUUUAGUUGUUUUAUUUGCAAGUUAAUUUAAAAAAAAUAUAUACUCUUUGACAGUUUUAAUUAAUUUUGUUGGUAUGGUAGGAAAUAAUGUUGAUAGCUCAAUUGAAGUUUGGGACUAUACAAGUGGUGUUAUGCUUUCAGAAAUUAAAAAUCAAUCAUAUCCUUAAAAUUUAGUGAGUAUAUUUCAUGAUGAGCAAUCUUAGCUGUUUAUUGUAUAGAAUGUCGACAGAUAUUUAUUUACUGUAAUACCUUACUUUAAUUCUUACAUUUAACAAAAAGAUUUCAUGUUUGCUCCAGUUACUAUUUCAUACAUAAAGAGCUACGUCUUUGAUUUUUAUAGCAAUAUUCUAAUCGUUUGCAAUGAUGAUACCAUUAUAGCAUGGCAAUAUUAUGCAUAUGUAGGCUUCUAAGGUUAAGCUGUUAUAAUACCUUCUGAAUCAUUGAUAAUGUCAACUUAUCAUUCAAAACAAGAUGUUAUUACAUAUGCUGAUUUAAACUAAAAUAUUUGGUAGGCUAGCUAAAACUAAUUAUACUAUAAGCUAUAACUUUUAUAUUAACCAAAAUAAAUUAUUUUGCACACAGAUACACAUUUGGUAACAGAUGGAAUAAAUUUAUAUAGCUAUGACUCUAAUUUUAAAUUAGCAAGUUAAUUAUAAAUAUACCCCUUUAGCAUUUAUUUAGAUGAAACUAUUCCAUUCAUUUUUGUGUAGACUUAUAGUUAUUAAAUAAUCUAAUUAUUAAUAAAUACAACCAACUCAGGUCUAACAUUUGUUAAUAUUUACAGUAAUCAUAGUAGUAGAAUAGUAAAUUGCAUUAUAAAUACAAUUUAUUCCCAUAUUAUCACUUUUGAUGUUACAGGACACCUUGCUGUUAACAAUUAUAACACUUUUAAAUCCAUAUAAGUUCCUUAAUAGAAUAACUAAAUCAUUAGAGAUUUACAAAUUGAUUUUGAAUUUAAAAGAUUAAUAACUUGUUCUUAAGACUAAACUUCCAUUGUGUUUUCUUAUGAUAACGAUACCCCUCUAAGCCUUUUAUAUUUGCUAUAGUAAAAAUCUUCUGUUGUUUAGGCAUUAAUUGAUGCUCCAAGACAAUAAAUUUUGAUUUGGACUGAUUUAUAAUUAGCUAUUUAAGUCAGAAAUCUUAAUUCUACGAAUUUAGACUUAAUUAAAAAUAUUUAUGGACCUGGAGAUUACCAAGUACAAAUGAAAUUAAGUUAAUAAUGGAAUAUUUUAGCUAUUUUCAAUUAAUUUUAAGUAAAUCUGCAUGAUAGAAAUGCAAAUGAUGCUAUUAUAAACUCACUGAGAAUGCCUUCUUAAAUAUACAACAUAACAGAUGUCUAAUUCAUUUCUUAAUCUUUGCUUCUCAUAAGAUCUAAGGCUCAACUUAACUUAGUAUCUUUUUCAUACAGUUAAAUAGCUAUACAAAAAUCUUUCUCAAUGCAAUUUCCAUUAUUACUAUCAUUAAGUUAUAGCGAUCAGCUAAUAAUUAAUAUAAAAGGAAUAAAUCUAUUCACUGUAUUUAAUUAUACAUUCCCAUACUCUAGUGAUCCAACAAAUACUGAUUAUUCUUAAUGCUACUCAAAUCUUCAAAGAACAUCAUCUUACUUUUAACUUAGUUAGGAUCUCUCAACCCAAAGUAUUUCCUUUUAGAAAGUCUCUCAAUCAAUAAAUAAUAUUGUCCUAAAUAUUCAAAUGGAUGAUGAACAACCCUUUUUUUUUGUCUAAAAAAGCAUCAGCCUUGGAGGUACUUCAAGCACUUAGUAAUUUUAUGUGUAUGAUAAAAAAUAGUAAUCACAAAAAAACAGAAUUAAUUUGGCAAUAUCUUCUUUUGAAUAGUUUAAUAUGCCUACUUUGACAAUUAAAAAUUUUAAUUGGAAGAUAGGAAAUUAAACAACUUACAACUUUAAUAAAAACACCCAAAAUAUUAUUUUUGUUAAUUCUACAUUCUAAGAUAAUAUUGUUGGUAGUUAGUUUGUAAUAAAUUCAAUAAAUUCGUUGAUGAUUGAUAAUAUGGAAAUUAUAAACUUAUAGCUUAGUUCAAUAGGAUAAAAUUAAUAGAGAGCGUUAUAAUUUUAAUAAAGUCAGAAUAGUAGCUUAUUUUAAAUAACAAAUAGUAAUACAGUAUUUAUAAAAAACCUUAAUCUCACAAAUUUGAUAAUAGAGAAUUCUAUUUCUAUAUUCUAUAUUUAGCAAGUCCAAAAAAUAGUUAUUUAGAAUUUAACCAUAUAAAAUGUUAGAUAUUACUCAUAAAAUGGAUAAUAAAAUAUUUGGAGUAGUUUGUUUUCAAUAUAAAAUAGCUAGAGUAUUUAAAUUAAUUCAGUUACUAUUCAAAAUUGUACAACUAAUACUAAUUUAAAUAUUAACAUUUCUUAAGGUUUAAAAAUAUCUUAAUUUAUUGUCUUUUACAUGAAUGCUAAUAAAAAUAUAUCUUCAAUAAAUUUAAAUGCUUAAAACAACUAGAACUUAAUGAUUUUCGAUAUUUCUUAAACUUAUCUCAUGCAAGGUGUAGGUUAUAUAUAAGUUGUUAAUGACACUAUAAGAUUUUAAGAUGUUUCAGUUAGUUAUUGUACUAGUGUAUAAGGAUAAGCUUUAAAUAGAAUAUAAACAAGCUAUUUUGAACUAAAUUAAUCAUCAUUCUUUAACAAUACAUGCUUGUAUUCAUAUGGUUGUGCAUUUGACAUAUAUUAAACAACGUUUUAUUUCACUAAAUGCGCUUUUAUGUAUCUAUAAUCAGAAUAUGGUGGAGCAAUAAGCAUAAAAGACAGUCCUUUAGUUAAUAUAAUUUAAGAAUCUAGCUUUUAAUCCAAUAUUGCAAGCUAAGGAGGAUCAAUAUAUUUAUACUACUCAAAUCUGGAAAUAAUAAAAACAGUAAUUAGUUAAAAUAAUGCCCAAGUAGGUGGAGCAAUUAGGUAUUUAAAUUUAAUACCAGAUUUUAUAACAAAAAAAUAGUAUCUAGCUGAUAGUUUGAGUCAAAAUAAAAUUGAAAAUAAUUAAGCCAAGAUAUUUGGCCAAAAUAUAGGUUCAUACCCUAGAAAUAUUUAAAUUACAAGCAUGAAUGAAGGGGUGGCUUUUGAAGUUAUUUAAAAAACAUAGAGUUUAAUUGUAUACCAGAUAGAUAAUUUUAUGAGUGGAGGUAAUUUAAAUUUCAAUAUAAAAAUAUAUGAUGAAGAAAACGGGGUUGUUAAUCUUAAUUAACUUGAAUAAAGUAGCUAAGAUCUUUAGAGCGAAUUUCAGUAAUACUAGUUUGAUUGUGUUUCUUUAAAUCCUAAAAUUACGUAAAUCAACGGUAAUAAAGCUGCUUAUAACUAAACAGAUAUUUCAUUUACAUUUUAAAAUAUUUAGCUCAUAUCAAAUCCUUAGACAUCUUCAGAAUUUUACAUUUAAAAUAAUAUUAUUUAAAUUCCUAAUCCAUAAAACAUAACAUAAUUUUUAUUGGUACCUAUGUAAGUUAAAUUAAAUGUUAAUUUUCGUUAAUGCUAAGUUGGUGAAAUCAUAAUUAAAAGUACUUAAAAUACUCCAUCAUACUGCGAAUUAUGUCCAGUACAGAAAUAUUCUUUAAUAACUCCAGAUCCUAACUCUUAAAGUGAGUAAGCUUGUAAACUGUGUCCAGAUUCUUGUUCUUAUUGUUAAGGGAACACAAUCUUAUUAAAGAAUGGCUACUGGAGAGAAAAUAAUAAUACAGAUAAUAUCGUAAGUUGUGUUUAUAAUCCAGAUAAUUGCUAAGGUGAAAGUACUGAUAGUAUUUAAAAUUGUAGAUAAGGAUAUAUAGGUCCUCUUUGUGAAACUUGUGAUUUAAAUGGUAAAGUUUGGAAACAAAAAUACAUGAACAAAUAACCUUAUGAGUGCAUUCCAUGCAUAGAUUCAUCAGGUUAGACAUAUAUAUAUAUUUCUUCAUUAAUUGUAGGAUGUUUAUAUAUUAUAUUUGGAGUUAGAGCAGCUCGCUAGAUGACUUUAAUAAAAGCCUAGAGUUAUUACCUCAGAAUGGUUGGAUUAGCAAGUAUUGGGAACAGCGAAUCAACUGAUAAAUCUGACAUUUAUUUAAAAUUUUUUAUGCAUUUUAUUUAAAUUAGUUCAAUAGCUUAUCAGAUUGAACAGCCUUAGUUUUUGAAAGUAUUGUAAUUAGGAAUUGGUACCCCAAUAGAUUUUUUGAAAUUUUCUGCUGAUUGCAGAAGUAUUUUUACUGAAGGAUUUUUACCACAUGCAUAUAGUAGAAUCAUUUGGUCAUAGAUAAUAUCAGUAAGCUAUUUCCUGUUACUAACUAUUCUUUACUAUUUCUUUUAUCUGGUUAAAUAUUUUAAGAGAUUUGAAAAGAGCUUAAUUGUAACAGGCAUAAUUUUUAUAUUUUUAUUUUUAUAACCUAACAUCAUCUCUGGGCUAGUUCAGAUUAUAUCUUGCAGAGAUAUUGGAGGAAUUGAGUAUCUAACUGCAGAUGUUACUUUAAAAUGCUACACUAUGGAAUACUACUCUUAUAUAUUAAUCUUAUUUUUACCAUUAUUUUUGAUAUGGGCAAUAAUAAUUCCUUUAAUUGGGAUUAUUGUACUAAAGAAGAAAGUUAGAAUUCUUAACUAUUGUUCAGUAAGGCUAUCAUACGGUUUGCUAUACUCAGAAUAUAGGAAGCAAACAUAUUAUUGGGAAUUUGUAAAGAUAAACCUUAAAUUGAUAAUCAUAUUUAUUAGUAACUUUUAUAGUUAGCAAAUUUAAUUUAAAAAUACUCUUUGCACAAUGAUUUUGUUUUGCUACUUAAUGCUCUCUAUUUUUAAAACUCCUUACAUAAAUGUAAAUUUUAAUCGUACAGAUUAAUAUUUAUGUAUUACGCUGAUUAUCUGUCUUUAAUUGAAUCUUUUAGUAAACACAUCUGAAAACGGCAUAUAGCUUUAGAUUUGCUCAUUUUUGCUUUAUGCUCUGCAUUAUUUAUUUUCCAGCUUCCUAAUAAUAUAAGUUUUAUUAGGAAAAGUGAAGAGGUAUCUUUUCAUUUUUGGAGAAAAGUAUCCAGCAUUUAAAUCUAACUUUAAGCAUGUAUAUUCAAGGUUAGGAAUUAAUUCAUUUAAUAAAAUGAGAACAUUUAAAAAUUGGGCAAAAGCUAUUAAUUUGAUUGGUACUCAUUUAUUAAAACAAAAGAAUUUGUAAAUUCCAGAUAGUACAAGAUAGACUAGAACUUCAUCAAUAUUUUUUAGCAAAUUUUAGAGGAAAAACACUGAAAGCUAAAACUAAAACUAGAGCCCUAAUAAUAAACUAAAUUCUUUUAAACAGGAAAAAAGAGGAGUUAGUGUCUUUAAAUUAAUUUAACAAAACGAAGAAAGGAAAAAAGAUGAAAAUUAAUUCACAUAAUAUAUAAAUGAAAAUGAACAUACCAUAACAUUAAAUACAAAUAGAUUAAACACAAAUCCUGUUAAAUAAGAAGAUAGUGCAUAAUUAAUAUUUACUGAUAGAGUUAAAAAGAAACAAAUAGGAAGAAAAGAGCUUCACCAAAAUUAUUAGUUUAAAACAAAAAAGAACUUUGAAAUAUUUAAUUUAGAUCUUUAAGAUAUGUGA